AUGAUCAACCACACCCACGCGAAUGAAACGGACUGCAAGGUGGUGACGAUCCCCAGCGUGAUCUUCUUCACCAUCGCCGUGGUGAGCCUGAGCGAGAACGUGCUGGUGGUGGUGGCCGUGAUCCGGAACAGGAACCUCCACUCGCCCAUGUACUGCUUCAUAUGCAGCUUGGCGCUCUUCAACACCAUCUCCAGCCUCUCCAAAACCUGGGAGAGCAUCAUGCUGGUGUUCAUCGACAUGGGCCACCUCAACAUGCGGGGAGAGUCUGUGCGCAAGGUGGACGACGUGACCGACUCCCUGCUCUGCAUGUCCUUCAUUGGGACCAUCUUCAGCUUCCUGGCCAUCGCCGUGGACCGCUACGUCACCAUCUUUCAUGCUCUGCGCUACCACAACAUCAUGACAAUGAGGCGCGCGUUGAUCAUGUUGGCCACCAUCUGGAGCUUCAGUGGACUCAGCGGCAUCAUCAUGGUGGUGUUCUUCCACACUGCUGUCAUCAUGACCUGCUUCAUCACACUCUUCUUGGUGUCCUUGAUCCUCAUCCUCUUCCUGUAUGUUCACAUGUUCCUGCUGGCCAGACAUCAUGCCAGGAAGAUCACCGCGUUGCCGGGUGGAGCCACACACCAGAGGAGCGACCUGAGGGCUGCGUUGACGCUCACCAUUCUGUUCGGCGUCUUCAUCGCCUGCUGGUCCCCAUUCUUCCUCCACUUGCUCAUCAUCAUGGUGUGUCCGCAGAACCCAUACUGCGAGUGCUAUCGAUCCCUCUUUCAGGUACACCUCGUUUUCCUGAUGAGUCACGGCGUAAUCGACCCGGCCAUCUACGCCUUUCGGAGCGCCGAGCUUCGACGCACCUUUAGAAAAAUGUUCUUUUGCUGUGAUUCAAGGUCGUGCAAUUUAUUGGCAUGA